AUGACGCGAAUCGGCGUUACACACUUAUAUUCCACACCCUAUCAUCCACAAACGAACGGCCAGAUAGAAAGAUACAAUUCAACAAUGGACUCAAAAAUAGCCACACUAUCAAAUGAACGAAAAACCGAUUGGGACGAACAGUUACCAUUCGUUACAUUUAACUACAACACCACCAUCCAUGCAACGACAAAACAAAUCCCGUUCGAAAUGAUGUUCGGACGAUUACCCGUACUACCAUUUGACCACCAGGACGAAUUGGUAUCGCUCGAACAAGACUCUGAGCACGUUAGCAAAUUAAAUCAAUACUUAUCGUCACUAACCGAACAAGCGAAGGCAACCAUUAAAAAAGCCCAAGAAAAAUAUAAAUCUCGUUAUGACGACCACCGAUCGAAUCCAUCAUACAAUACGAAUGAUUUAGUCCUCGUGAAAUCGUUACAUAGCCGACACAAAUUCGAUAUUCGUCAUGAGGGACCAUUUAAAAUUAUUCAACGGUUAACAGACAAAACUUAUAUCGUACAACACAUAAAAAAGACCACAAUGAUCAAACAGAUAACCGUUGAUUCUAUAGUACCGUUAUUUGAACGGAAAAACAUCUAA